AUGGAGGUGGAGGCGACGCCCACGACGGCCGUGUCGUCUUCCGUCGGGGCCGCACAGCUGCCGCCGCCCGGCCCGCCCGCCAAGAAGAAGCGUGCCCUCCCCGGCAUGCCAGAUCCUGACGCGGAGGUGAUCGCGCUGUCGCCCAAGACGCUGCUGGCGACGAACCGGUUCGUGUGCGAGAUCUGCAAGAAGGGGUUCCAGCGGGACCAGAACCUGCAGCUUCACCGGCGGGGCCACAACCUCCCGUGGAAGCUGCGGCAGCGGAGCGGCAAGGAGGCCCGGAAGCGGGUGUACGUGUGCCCGGAGCCCAGCUGCGUGCACCACGACCCGUCGCGCGCGCUCGGCGACCUCACCGGGAUCAAGAAGCACUUCUGCCGCAAGCACGGCGAGAAGAAGUGGAAGUGCGACAAGUGCUCCAAGAAGUACGCCGUGCAGUCGGACUGGAAGGCGCACGUCAAGACCUGCGGCUCCCGCGAGUACCGCUGCGAUUGCGGCACCCUCUUCUCCCGGAGGGACAGCUUCAUCACCCACCGCGCCUUCUGCGACGCGCUCGCCGAGGAGAGCGCCAAGGCGCCGGCGGAGGCGCCUCCCGCGGAGGAUGGGAGCUCGGCAGCCGCCGUGGUUCCGCCACCGGCGCCCCCUCCCCCGCCCGCGCCGGCGCCAGUGAGGCAGCAACCUCCCCCGCCCGCGCCGCAUCAUGCGGAGCAACGUAAUGAACCGAAGACCAAUGCCACUGAGCCCGUUCAGUUUGCGCCACGGCCACGGCCACGGCCACCGCCGCAGGUGCCGGUGCUUUCGCAAACUUCGGUGAGCGCCGGCAGCAGCAGCAGCGUCGCGGGGACGUCUCAGAGCCUGCUCGGUGGUAUGUUCGCACCGUCGUCGAUGGCCUCAGCGCCACAGUUCCCGGACCUCGUCGGCGGGGUUGGCCGCCCGGAGCGCGCCCUACCCGCCAAGCCCCCGUCGCUGUGCCUCGCCACGGACGCAUCGUCGUCGAUCUUCUCGGCACCCGUAUCCGCCGAGCGACAGCAGUUCGCGCCGCCGCCGCCUCCGUCUCCGUCCCCGUCCCCGUCCCCGCACAUGUCCGCCACCGCGUUGCUACAGAAGGCCGCGCAGAUGGGCGCCACCUCGUCGAGCUCCUCGUUCCUCCGCGGUCUGGGCCUGGACUCCUCGUCAUCUCCGGGGGCAUCGUCGUCAGGCCAGCAGCACCACCAGGAAGCAGCCAUGCAAGUGUCACUCCCGGACACCUCGCUGCAGCAAUGGCCGCCGCGGCUAGAGGCGGGGCCGGCGCCAGUGCUGUCGGCCGGGCUCGGCCUCGGGCUGCCAUACGACUCCACCGGGGCUCAGGUGUGCCUACCGGAGCUCAUGAUGGGGCAGUCGUCUCUGUUCAGCGGGAAGCCGGCUACACUGGACUUCCUGGGGCUCGGAAUGAGCCCGACGGGCGCGCCGGCAGGCAGAGGUCUCCCCGCGUUCAUCCAGCCCAUCGGCGGCGCCGUCGGCAUGGCCGGGACCGGGGCUGGCGCCGCCGAGACGUUCGGCGCCGGACGUGGCGGCCAGGCGACGCCGUGGGAGAGGAAUCCGAGUAGCUCGCCGAUCCUGUAA